AUGCGUUCCAUUGUGUUAACCUUUUGCGUACUAAGGAAUACUCCUAAUUUAGAAGAACUUGAAAUUACGACCUAUGGUGAUGGGGAUGCACCUGAAACAAAUGCAGAGUUUCUAAAUACACAAUGGACUGAUGCCUUCUGUGCCAACCUUCAGGCUGUGAAAAUGAAAAAUAUUGGCUGGUUGCAAAAUGAAAUGUAUUUCAUAGAGCUCGUUUUAUCUAAAGCAGCAGUUCUUCGCACAAUGCAUCUUAGUCUUGGUUGCAGAAGAUCAAAGUCAAAUGAGGAUGCACUCUGUGAACUAAUGACAUAUAGAAGGGCUUCAACCCAUGCUCGAGUCUUCUUUGACGGUAAAAAAAAAAUUUGA